AUGGUUAAAAUCCUUACCCCAGUUGAGCUGAUCAAGAAAGGAGAUAAAGUGGGUUCCUCGGAGGCUGCCCUCCUGAUUAAACUUGGGAUAAAGUCCUUACCAUACAGGCUUGUGGUUCUCUCUAUCUAUGACAAUGGAUCUGUCUUAAGCCCAAAGGUGCUCAACCUCACUGAGGAUGACCUCGUUGAUGAGUUUACAGCUAGUGUUUCUAUGGUUGCUUCGAUGCCCUUGGCUUUCUCUUACCCAACUCUUGCAGAUCAAGUGGAGUAUCUAAAGGAUCCAAGAAUAGUAUUGCCUUCACCUAGUGGUGGUUCUGCGUUUGCAGAUAUUCUAAGAAAUAAAGCUCUGGAUGGAACUAAUUAUGUGGACUGGAAAUAA